GAGCGGGUGUAGCGCCCAUUGGUUGGAAGCACAGAUCGAAUGGGGAGGGCACCACGAGGCUACCGACCACCUAUCAUCGUCGUGCGCGAGCUUUCCGCUGUUUUGUGGGUCCGUAAUUGAUGCCUGCUGGUCCUGCAAUUAUAUCUCAAAACACUGGAUCUCCUCCGACGCGCUCAGCGUUCGCCGCAUGUCCGGGCCGUGGGCGGAUAUGACAUCAGCGAGGCGGAACAUCCCUGCACAGACCGUGACCAAUAUUUCUGUAAGUACCAGGCGGUUCUGCUCUUUGCUGCAUGGCAUCUGCUAUCGAGUCGUUACCUCCUGAGCUCUACAUUGCCAUCCUAUCGUAUAUACCGCCUCAGGAUUUACAGCGCACUGUCCUCUCUCUUACACGAGCAGCGCCACGAUCUCCCAUCCCAGCCUACCUGAUCUUCGAGUAUGUCCGUCUGACGCACGGCGACCAAGUCUUCCAAUUGUACCGCCGUCUCCGGAAGAGCCCCGAGGAUGCAGAGCGUGUCCGACACUUUACCUUGGAGUGCUGGAUCGUCGACGCGGACGUGGUGGUCAAUCUGAUUGCACUGCUACAUCGCAUGAAGGAGAUGACCCUCUUCAUUGGGCCUAACUUUGCCCCGGAGCACUUGGAGGACAUGUUUCAAAAGCCGAAGGAGGGACUGAAGUUGAUCUCGCUGCGAUUCAGGCCAUAUGUCCAGAGGGCGACCUACUACCAGUUCCUGAAGGGAGCGUACUUCGACUCUACGCUAAUUGCCUUCUCUCGUUGGCCAGCAGCCGAUCUUCCUACGCUCUCAAUCGUGCAGGAUCCACUAGACCCUUCGAUUGCACCUACCAAAUUCGCGCAACCGCUGGUCUUCUUCCGACUCGACCCACUGUCCACCCUCGCCUGCUCGCCCUUCCUCGAGGACCUCCGUCACUUCCGACUCCGCGUCCCCGCACGACAAGCAGCACGCUUCCUAUAUGCUCUCCCGAACGCCCUCCCGCGCGUUGAGCUGCUCGAUAUGUCCACAUGCAACGUCCUCGAGUCAGACGUGGAGGGUAUGCUCGGCCGGUUCGGGUGCCUCCGUGCGCUCGUGCUCGACGGCUGCUAUAUCGUCUCUCAGCGCGCUGUCGCCGACGGACAAGACGCAGAAGAGGCGCUUGGUCAUUGGGCAGCAUUGGGCAAGAUGAUGGCACUGGCGGGCGCGAAGUAUGCUAGGGAGCGCGAGAAGCGACUGAAGCUCUGGAUUGAGGCCAGCCGUGAGAGGGCGGCGGCCGCACAAGCAGGUGAGGAGGCCGUGCAGGAGCAGGCACCUGCGCCGCGCCGCGCAAGACGCGGUCGCCGUGGGCUUGCAACCGCUACUAUCUCGCUGCGUGACAGUCCGCCAAAGGACCCGGUUCCCCUCCCCAAACUUCCUGCUGGAGCGACUGCUGGCAGAAACCUUCUGAAUCAGCGUAUUCGCAUCCUGCCGUCACUCCCAGCCCUUCGGUCCCUUGCGACGACCCCUCCCGCCUCCGUCGGUCCGGACAAGCACGACACCAUACGUGCGGAGUUCGCGCGGGGUUGGAGUGAGGGCAUUGCGCAGUUGUGCGCUGUGCGCGCUCGAUUGCGAACGAGCUGGGGCAACGGCGUACGGAUUGUACGGAUUGACCCUGACUACGAAGCGGAUGAGGAAGAUGGCGAUGGCGAGGACGGAUUGGCGGGGCUGAUGGACGUCGAGGACGAGCGAGCGUUUGUGAUAAAGACGCAGGCUCCUGAGAAUCCAGAUGAGAACGCUGAGAGAGGAAGUGACAAGGAGUCGGAAAUGCUAGGGAUUGAUGAUGGGUCUUGUCCAGUACUGUGCUUGGCUGGCCCUGGUCGAAAGGAAGGACAUGUUGAUGGGUGUGGCCACCAGCUUGGAUGGGAGGUCUGGCAUGAUGAGAUCUAAGUUUGACUUCGGAUAGGACGAUGGCAUAGAACGCGUUUGCAUCGGACAUGGUAUUGUACAUCAGUAUUCAUUCUCCACGAAAUAGAGCCAUAGAUCCCCAACCAGAAUCAAAGGACGAGACAAGAUAAACUC